AUGACCAAUGUGGAGAACAUGGACGAUGGAGGGGAGCUCAUGGCCACCGAUGUAAGAGCUCUUACUCUGCUAUUCCUUACUGCUAGACCAAUUAUCAGUAAGGAAUUUGUCAAAUGUACUUGCUCCAGUGAUCAGCCUUGGUGAGUCAUGACAUCACUUACCCUGGUUUCUCCACAGCAUGCCAUGGACAUCCUGGGGUUCACUCCUGAUGAGAAGUAUGACUGCUAUAAGAUAGUGGGAGCAAUCAUGCACUUCGGCAACAUGAAGUUCAAGCAGAAGCAGCGAGAGGAGCAGGCAGAGGCUGAUGGCACUGAAAGUAAGGGGGACUACCAAUUUGAGAUGUUGCAUAAAAGUGAACUAAGUCUAAGACUAAUAAUCAAGACCAACAUAGAGCAGAUCAGGACCAAUUCCAUUGUAGCCUCCAACCAAGUGUGUUAUGCUUGUGUCUCAUAAUGUAUAUGUCCUGUGUGUUUGUCCAGGUGCUGACAAAGCCUCCUACCUGAUGGGAGUCAGUUCAGCUGACCUCAUCAAGGGGCUCCUGCACCCUAGGGUGAAGGUGGGGAACGAAUACGUGGUGAAGGGACAGAGCGUUGAACAGGUCAGGGCUCACCACAACACAGUCAGGACACAGCACCCAAUAGCAUCUGUAUAGCUACAAAUAUUCAGUUGUCUUGAAGUGAAUUCAGCUUAAUUUGUGUUCAUUUAGCUCAGUGAUGAGCAUGCCAGCAGGGAUAGCUUCCUAAUCCUCUAUUGAUCAAUAUACUCAGCAGACUCUAGAAAUUGGUAUCCAAGCAACAGUGGGUAUCCAUGUGAAUUACAGUUGUGUAACCUGUGUGUGUGUGUGUGUGUGUGUGUGUGUGUGUGUGUGUGUGCACAUGUGCAUGUGUGUGUCCGCGUGCUGUAGGUGAACUAUUCCGUCGGAGCUCUGGCCAAAGCCACUUACGACCGCAUGUUAAAAUGGCUAGUGGGAUGCAUCAACAAGACCCUGUACACAUCCCUGCCUCGCCAGUUCUUUAUCGGAGUGCUGGAUAUAGCUGGCUUUGAGAUCUUUGAUGUAAGUCUUUCCUCACAACAAUUUUCACAGAAUGAUUUCAUUCACUCUCUUUCUGGAUCUUUCACUGUUAGAUUUUUUGUGUGUGGUCUGUAAAUGUCAACAUUAUUUUUCAGCUUCAUGUCACAAGACUAAAAUCUGAAGUGGUUCUUGCAUUCUUACAGUCUGAGGCUUUUAUUCCACUCGACAUGCUUAUUCUGAACACCUGUCCCUCUUUCAUUUCAGCUCAACAGCUUUGAGCAGCUGUGCAUCAACUUCACCAAUGAGAAACUGAACAGUAUUUCAACCACCACAUGUUCAUCCUGGAGCAGGAGGAGUACAAACGGGAGGGUAUUAAGUGGACCUUCAUAGACUUUGGACUCGACCUACAGGCUGGCAUUGACCUCAUAGAGAAGGUAUGGCGAGCUACCACUUCUCAAAGUCAUUGCACUAAAAUUAGAAAUGAACUUCCCACCUCGGAUGAGGUAUUGAACCCAAUGAUGUGUUUGCUUGCUAAUAUGUUUCAUGAUAGGAACCUGUAUGUGUGUUUGUUCCUGCAGAAUUGGUUGUAUGUAUUAUAUUUGAUUGCAUGAUCCAUCUCAGAUUCACUACAUGUAUGUUUAGUUGAGCUUUGUUUCUUCAGCCCCUGGGGAUCAUGUCCAUCCUUGAAGAGGAGUGCAUGUUCCCCAAGGCUACAGACAACAGCUUGAAAGCCAAGAUGUACGACAACCACAUUGGAACUUCCAGAAACCGCGGCCCGAUAAGAAGCGCAACUUUGAGCUGA